AUGGCGGUGAUCUCUAGAGUCUCUCUUGUUGUCAUGGCCAUCGUCGUCGUGCUCGCCACCGUGGCCAACGCUCAGCUGGCCCCUGCCCCGGCACCCACCAGUGAUGGAACCAGCGUGGACCAAGGGAUCGCGUAUGUGCUGAUGUUCGUGGCGCUUGCCCUCACGUACCUCAUCCACCCGCUGGACGCCUCCGCCGCCUACAGGCUCCUCUGA